AUGAAGGUAGUGAUCGACUUUACUGGAUAUUACAUAAAGAACAAAUUUAUGAUAAAAGAGUUCUGUCGGAGCGAUGUGCUAUUACGAAAAGUAAGAACUGAAAAAAUAAUCAUAACAAAGCACCCGACGUCAUCUGAAUGCCCAUCGAAAAGGGAGUACGAUAACUAUUACAACAAAUACGGAAUAAAAAAAUUUAUCGGACACGCGUCACUUGAGUCACUUAGGGAGUACAUAUCGAGUAUAUUCAAGCAGAAAUUGAUCCAGAACUCCAUCUACGUGCGAAACCCCCAAAAAAUCCAACUAUUGAACGAAUUUAUGGGCCAUAAGUUCGGCGGCAGUGUCAAGUGUCUGACCGAUUUCGGGUUCAAUACCGAGGAAAUUGUAACAACGACCUGCAAAUACCACGAUCGAAUGUACAGUUACUGUGCGCAAAACAACGCAUUAGUUAUGGCCAAUUGGCUGAUGGAGAAAAAUUCAUCCGCGGUCCAGACGUCCAAAUAUAUCGAUCACCUCGUCCUAGAUUUUGCGGGCCACAUUAACAAAUCUCAACAAUUCGUCAUCAAAGAAUUGAGUCUAUACGGCUUGAGCGGUACUGGCGACGUUGUUUAUCAGAAAUCCUACGUGUUCAAAUCUUACGGACACUACGAUAAACUACAACCCGAAGAGAAGAGAAAUUUUGACGAUUUUUACAACACUCAUGGAAUUCAAUGGCUAAGUGGCACCCAAAUAUUGGGAAGGUUUAAAUCGAAUUUCAAUAAAUUGCUGAUCAAUUCUGGGGUGAAAUUUAUCUAUGUUAGGGAUUCGGGGAAAAAAAAUAUUUUGACAACGAUCAUUGGUGACGCGAUAAAUGUGAUAUGUUUAGAUCGGUUUAAUUAUCAGGAGGUCAUCGAUAAACCGAGCAAUUGUGGGCAACACUCGCAUGAAGAUAGUGGAGGAGCUGAUCCAGAACGAAUGACACCCCAGCGUGUAGAGGAAUACAUAACCGACCUAUUCUCCGGAACUGGCGUUCUCAUCCAAGUAAUAAGCGACGAAGAAACACUGCUCCACGAAUAUCCACUUUUUGCAGCAGUUAAUCGCGCUGCCUCAAUAAUACCACGACACCGCGGCAGAAUAAUAUAUCUCACCUACGAACCACAAGACCCCAACGGAAUCACAGAGACGCUCUUGUUUGUCGGUAAGGGGGUAACUUACGAUACCGGUGGCACUGGAAUGAAGGAGUCGAGUGCUUUAUCCGGAGGAUCACGACACAAAUGCGGUAUUGCUGCUUGCGUGGGAUUUAUGCAGGUAGUGAAUCUUCUGCAGCCCCCGACAACAAAAGUUGUAGCUGCCUUGUGUGUUAUCCGCAACAGCACCGGAGAAAACGGGUACGUAGCUGAUGAAGUGAUUACUGCUAAAUCCGGGUGGAGAGUCCGCAUCACCGACACUGACGUUGAGGGUAGAUUGUCUAUCGCAGAUGCUCUUUUUCAUAUCAGGAAAAUAGCGGUACACUCGGUUAAUCCCCAUAUUUUCACAGUUGCUUCAGUAACGACUUACGCCAAGCUGGCUCCUGGAUAUGGAUAUACGAUAGCAAUAGACAAUGCAGUAGCCCGAAGUGAAAAUAACGCUGAAAAACUAGAAGUCUCUGGUGACUUAAUCGGCGAUCCAUUUGAAGUAUCGCGUAUGCGCCGAGAAGAUUUUGCCGCCCAUUUAUCUUCAGCGGAAGGUGAUGACAUUAAACAAAGUUCAAAUGUACCAAUAACAAGACGCGAACGUUGCCAACAAAGUCCUGUGGCUUUUCUCAUAAUGACAUCUGCUUUAGACAAGCAUGGCCUGGAGAGUGAGAUUCCACUGAAGUUCACAUUUAUCGGACUGACUUCACAUCUGUCGAUGGAUCGGGAUCUAUCGAAGAUCUACCAGGGAAGUCCAAUCUUGGGGAUGUCUUACUGCUACCUGAUACAAGGCAAGUGUCUGAGGUUAAAAAGAGACCCUCAAUAUCGACUAGAAUCGCAAACGCAAUAUGUCAGUAAGCUUGAAUCUAAACCGGUUCCCAUGACGUCUUCGUAUCCAGCCGGAAUUGCUGGUGAUAUCUCCCAGAAUCCUCAAUUCAUCCAGUAUCCGCUACCCAUCAUCCCGUAUCCAGAAUCGCUAUCAGAAGAUCCCUGCGCUGACUCAGACAAAUGUGAAAUACCGAGAACUAAUGUUAAAGUUGGUAACAUUCAAAAUAGUCAUGGUAAUGAUCACGGUAACAAGCGAAAUGGUCUGUCAACUGCAUAG